CCCUGGCAAACCACAGAAUGGAAAGUCCUAUACGGGCUCAUCGCCAUGGCGCACGACAACGACUGGCCGUACACGCCCUUUCGACAACACUACAACAGCUCCAUUCGCGAGCGGUGGAACAGACCGAACAAGCACGGGCUAAAGCGCCUUUUGCAAAAAGGCAUCAUCCCACUCUUCGUCCAAGACGGCGGCGUGUCGACGCAACAACGCGCGUCCUGGGGCUGGAGCACUGCAUUCCCAUACCUCAAAACACCGCUCUUCCGCCAGACGAAGAACAGGGCGUACUUUGAGUUCCUCGUCCCGUAUCCAGAACUGGGAGAUGCGAAAACAUUCAUGCAUAAACUCGUGUACAACACGCAAGGAUACGGUAUAACACUGCGCUUCAGCUCCCCGCCGCCCGACGGCAGUAUUUUCUACGCGGAGAUGAAUCCGCCCUGCGUGGAAGAACUGGAUCAGCAUUUCUCGGUGGGCGCGGAAUCAGCACUGGAGAUGCUGCUGCCGUUUAAGCAGGAUGGGGUCUUUGAAAAGGCGCAGGGGGGCAGGGCGAGGCAGUUGCGUUGGUUUAUCAAGGGGUUGGAUUCGAGGAGGGUUCCGUUGCUGCAUCAUGCUGAAUGGGUGCUUGUGCGUGUUGAGUCGCAGGAUUGGAGUGCGCUUGAGUUGGACGAGAGGGUUUGGGCUAUUGCGCAGGAGGUUAUGCCAGGGACGCCUUGGCCCGAGGAGGUGGUGCGGAAGGCUGCUAGAACAGAGCUGGUGCAGUGCGGA